AUGGAAGAUGUUAAGGCCAGCCCGUACAACCAAGUCGUGAAUGAGUACGAGAGAAACGGUUGGUCGCGUCAGUUGUCACAAGAAGAAGUAGAAGCCAAAGAUAAACCAAAAUAUUACCUGCCUCAUCACGGAGUUUAUCGACCCGAGAAGAAAAGUACGCCCUUGAGAGUAGUAUUCGACCCUGCCUGCCAAUAUCAAGGAGUAUCAUUGAAUUCGUUUCUCUACAAAGGUCCUUGUCUUAUUGGAAAUCUACUUGGAGUGUUAUUGCGCUUUAGAGAAGAUCUUGUUGGCCUUGUUGGCGAUAUAUGGAAGAUGUAUUUGCAGAUUUGUCUGCCUGAAGAAGACACGCUUGUCCACCGAUACUUAUGGAGAGAUUUAGAUGAAAGUCGAGACCCAACAGUUUACGCACUCCAAAGAGUCACAUUCGGAGAUAAACCAUCGCCGGACAUGGCAAGUUACGUUAUGAUCAAGAUCGCGAAUGAAAAUGAGUCCCAAUGUCCUCAACCUGCCGUGAUUCUCAAACGUGAUCGGUACAUGGAUGAUCUUAAUCAUUCAACAAGCACGCAGGAAGAAGCAGAAAAGUCCAAAGGCGAAGUCGACGACGUGUUAGCUACGGGGAGUUUUAAUAUAAAGGAAUGGUUUGUUUCGUCGUCUGUUCAAGAAAUGCAAGCUGAGAACGUUUCUAGUCCUGAAGAAGAAAAUCCUGAUUUCAAAGGUAACGUGAUAGGUGUAAAUAGUGAAUGUACAACGACAAAGAAUGUCAACCUAGACGGUGAAGAAGGAAUUAAUCAAAACCUUAGGAGUCAAUUGUUCGGUCCCUUUAAUCUUAAAGUUUCGCAAAAUAAGAGUGUCAAAGCCUGGGGUGCUAUAUUUACCUGUGCGACAGUUCGAGCCAUUCACCUAGAAAUCGUAGAGAGUACGUCAGCUGAAGCCUUUCUUCAUGCACUGCGACGUUUUGCUUCACAUCAUGGCUGGCCUAGCACGAUAAUCUCUGAUAACAGGACGUCAUUUGUUGGUGCUGAGAGAUUGUUGAGAGAAUUGGUUGUAAAGGAGAGAAAGAAACUUAAAGAUUUCGCAACACUCUACCAA